UAUUGUACCCUGGCUGGGGACAGGCACAGGGGGACCCAGACUUAGGCCCACUUGUGACUACAUAAUUAGGCAGUAGGGACCCACACUGGAUGAAGCUCAUUGUGCCCCCUGGGAAACAAACUCUAGUUUUAUGCACCAGUUCUACACACAGCCAACUGAGCCGUCCAGCUGCUUGAAUGUCUCCUGGAUGCUUCUUCAAUAAAAAAAAAAAAGAAAGAAAAGAAGACAAACACAAAGUCCACUUUCAAGAUUAAAUAUUUGACAGUAAAUCCAGUACAAAUUAACAGGACAUCAAACAGCUCUCACAUUUCACUGGUUGGUUAUGCAUUCCAUCUCAAGCAAUACAGUUUCAGAAAUAGAAUCUCUCUGUCAUUGAAUCGAGCAAUACAACAUUUUUAGCGUCUAGAUUUAUUGCAAAGAUGACAACUUCACUGGAUUAUGUGAAUCCCAGAGUGAGAGCAAUUCGAGUCUCGACGCAGAGCUUUUUGCAGAAUCUCGCUCAUCAAAUCACUCAGAACAUGACACAGGGUGGGCAGAAACCCUUAAAGGGUGUUAUUGAUUUGAGCUCAGGGGACCCUCAUAGAGCGGGGAUGAAGCCCGUCUCAUUUGUUCGACAGGUUCUGGCAGUGUGUUUGUAUCCUCAUCUGCUUCAAGACACGAUCUUUCCUCUGGAUGUCAAGCUGAGAGCGCAGAGGCUCCUUCAAAUCUGCGAAGGACAAAGUUUGGGGUCAUACACGGCAUCUUCUGGGCUGCAUCACAUCAGGCAGACGAUUGCAGACUUCAUCACCAAACGAGAUACUGGUAUUUCUGCAAAUCCCAGGAACGUUUUCAUCUCUUCUGGUGCUCAAAGGGCUUUAAUGGUUGUUGUGAAGCUGCUAUCCAGUGGAGAAGGGCAGACGCAAACAGGCAUUUUGGCCCCCCAGCCUUGCCCUCACACACUCCCCCCUUUGCUGGAUGAAGCUGGAGUCUUAGCGGUGCCAUACCGGCUGAUGGAAGAAAGAGGAUGGGCUUUGGACCUUAACCAGCUGCGUCAAGCUCUAGAUUCCUCCCGAGGGGGCUGUAAUCCCAGAGCUGUAUACAUCAGUAACCCAGGAAACCCCACAGGACAUGUUCAAGACAGGAAGUCGAUACAGGAAGUGAUCCAGUUGGCCACAGCUGAGAAACUCCUGCUGUUGGUCGAUGAGGUGUACCAGGACAGCGUAUAUGGACAGAACACAGAGUUCCUCUCCUACAAGAAGGUUCUGUUUGAGAUGGGCCAAGAGUUCAGCGAGACGGUGGAGCUGGUUUCCUUCCAUUCCUUGUCCUGUGCCUCUGUGGCAGAGUGUGGUCUGAGAGCAGGAUACAUGGAGGCAGUCAACAUUGACCCAGAUGUGAUGAAAGUGUUUGACACCAUGCUGUGUACUGACAUCAGUGCUCCCACCACUGGACAGCUUGCUUUGGACCUCAUGCUGAACCCACCUGGACCUGGAGAGCCGUCAUACGACACACACGCCCAGGAGCUGCUGUUGACCCGGACUGUUCUGACCCGAAAUGCUCAGCGAGCUCUGGAGGUUCUGAAUGAUCUACCAGGGUUCAGCUGCCAGCCAGCCAUGGGUGGAAUAUACCUCUAUCCAAGUGUAAAGCUACCAGCUGGGAUCCGAGAGCAAGCUGAGAUGCUGGGGCUGGGCGCAGAUGUUUUUUACUGUCAGAAGUUACUGGAAGAGGAACUUUUGCUUUUGGGUGCAGGACAGUACAGUGGAGAAGCUGGCAGCCAUCACUUUAGGUUGUGUGUCCUUGUUCCUACGAAUGUGCUGGAAGACGCUCUGCACCGCCUCUCUGCUUUCCACCUUCACCUCAUGGGCCAUCACACAGUCGCUGGCAGGAAUGUAAAAGGAAAAGCAGGUUGCAGCUCCCAGAGUGGAUUAACUUGUGUUCAACCAACAACAGUCUGAUAGAAAACCAUAGUCAUAAAAUAGUUUCAAAUGACUCUGAGAUUAAUGUAGCAGAAUGUUUUAAGGAAAAAAGUAAUAAAAAUGUAACUGCUCUGA